CUUUAAAAAAAAAAGAAAAGCACAGACAAAACCAACGACUUCCAUUUUCCUGCUAUCAAAUUCUGUGGUGAACCCCUGGGUUUCCUGUUUUCUCUUCUUUUACUUGGUUUCUAUUCAACAAAAAGAGAUAAGAAUGUCAAAAAAUACUGGACAAGCACAAUCAUCAUCACCGAAAACAAUGUCUGAAUGGAUUGAUAAACAAGGUGAACUGCCAUAUUCAAUAUGGGGCCUUUCUGCAGCUUCAUUAGCUACAUUGCCUUUAUCUGUCAAGAAAUAUCCUGGUAUUCCUUCACUGAUACAAACAAUAGCGUUUCCGGCCAUUUUCGCUGGUGCUGGAUAUGUGACUAAUGCAGGUGAUUCAGAUAACGGUGCCGGUAUUGCCACAGCUUGGUGUUUAUCUUGGUCUUUCUUAAAUGCUAAAAAUGCUUGGCAGUCUAAAAGACCUAUUCCGCUUACAUUAUUAGGCUUUGUUGCGUAUAACACAUUUGUAUAUGGUAAAAAGACAUUGAUUGUCAAUGGAUAUAUCUAGUCUGUGCAUCACAAGAGGGCGUUUCUUUUUAAAUGAAAACAAUAAAAAACUUUGUUUUCUUUUACACACACAC